AUGAGUGCCAUCCAACGACCAAAGUCUGCGUCGACCGUCUUCCUCGACCAGCCGCCAAGCUGUCUCGAGUUUUGCCCUGAACUACCUGAUCACCUCGUCAUAGGCACCUAUCUGCUCUCUGAGACGAAAAAUGCACAGGACGAGGUUGAACAAACAAAGACGGGCAGUGUACAAUUGUGGAAGUUGGACCCGAAAACAGAGACACUAACCCUGGUGCAAAAGAUAUCUCUUCCAUACGCAGUGUUCGAUCUGCACUUCCACCCAAGGGUCAAGGACAAAUUUGCCAUCGCCAGCAGCACAGGGUGUAUAUCUCUGUUCCGAGUGGACCAGGCACAACCACAUCUCGAGCAACUAUGGACAAAGAGUGUCCAUGAAGACCCUUCUGUCCCCGCUCUCUUCUUUGCAUGGACACCUUCCAAGUGGCUGUCCCGACCAGAAGCGGAGGGACUCGCUGUUACAUUCUCCGAUGGCCGAACCACUGUCUAUGGCACGACCGAAGACAUCACGAAAGAACCCUCCAUUGCCGAGUGGGGGUCCUUUGAAGCCCGACAAAUGAUCGAGGUCUGGUUCGUUGCGCUCCUUGCGAUCCCCAUGGCGACAACAGGCGAUGCACCCACAUCCCCGAUGGCCUCAUUCAUGUUCACGGGGAACGAUUUUGGAUCUCUGCAUACUCGACGGUUUGACACUCAAGCUCUGGAUGACGCACAGGAAGGAGGAGGGGAACCAGUGAUGAACCUGCUUCUUGAACACGACGAUCGCGCGCGUCAUCAUACCGCCGGAGUGACUGCGAUCCUCCCUUUACCAGUGCCGUUGGUUGACGAUGCUCCGCUCGUCCUGACUGGCAGUUAUGAUGAAGGGUUGCGGGUCUACCAUGCGACGCGAAGAGGGGAUGUCUUGGCUCAGCACGGCCUUGAUGGUGGCGUGUGGAGAUUACAACUUCUUUACUCCGGUGGAUCGGACUCGGGGCGCCAAUUCCUGGUCCUGGCGAGCUGUAUGCAUGCUGGGACUCGUCUGGUGCGGAUCACGCAGACCCAACAGGAUGGCCUGGGAGAAUGGGCAAUCGAGGUACUGGCGGAAUUCACAGAGCACGAGAGCAUGAAUUAUGCCAGUGAUACCUGGAAAGGCGCGGCAUCAUCGGAUCUGCUGUGCGUUUCAAGCAGCUUCUACGAUCGGCGGGUGUGCGUCUGGAGGGCAAGUGUGUGA